GGUCCUGGAGGCUGCCUGCGUGCCAUACCAACGACGACCGCUGAGCUCUCUGAUCUCGCUCAACCGUGGCGCAAGCUGCGUUGCCACGUCGCGCAUCUCGUCCUCACACGCUGUCCGCGACCUUGCCAUGCAAUCUUGCGCUCCUCACCGCGACUCGACGCACUACGCGAACCAUACCUGAUGCCAUCCACUUGCUGCUGCCACCACCUCUACCCCCUCGCGGCCCCAGGCAGUCCAUAACCAGGCCUACUCGCCACGAACCACCAUGGCGCAGGAUUCGCGGCGCCUGUCCGGGGCGCUCCACCAGCUGCAUGCCACGGCAUCGCGCUCCGAGGGCCUGACCACGUUUGGCGACUUUACGUCCCCGCCACCUGCGUCCGUAGCGAACGAUGCCAAAAGCUUUGAUAUGGUUCAGAGCGGGCUCAGUGGCCUGUAUAGCCGCUUGAAGGCUUCGGUGGGUGGCAACAAAGAACAAGGCCACGAGCAUCUGGACGAAGGCGCCGUUGUGGGCAUUGGCGCGAAGAACAAGGCGACCAAAAAGCCAGCGCUUCCAAAGAGCCCUGCCGGAACUGCUGUAUCCUCGCCUGUGGUGGUCUCAGUGCCUUCGUCGAGAUUGCAGUCACCGCUUGCGCCGACAUUCCCAGAUCAGCCCCCUCCGCCAUCCCGCGACUCGAAUGUCUCAGUCUCCGCAGUAUCUGCCAAACCUUCGUUGAAUGGAUCUAGAUCUUCACUCGGAACCACGCGCUCGAGACCGUCCAUAAGCUCCCCUGUAGACUCCCACAAGACCGCUCGCGAAGACGAAUCCUUCACCCAUAGCCCUCUCAGCACGAUAAGCAAACCGCAUGGAACCCUCGCGGUUGACUCGGCGUCUAGGAACAAUUCUUCGAGCGGUCUACCCUCUGGAUCCAAAAGCAGGGAUGCGUCGCGUUAUCGCUCCGAGCGGACCAGCUACCGACAUAAUAAUGAAAUGGACCUCGUGGAGCGCGAGAGCGACACGACUGAAGAUGAUGUAGUGCUCGUAGAAGGGGACAGUAACGUGAGAGACAAAACUGGGUCCGUGUUUCCGCUCGACGUACUUGGCGAUGACCUCGCUCGGGUCACUUCUCGGCCAGAAAGGCAAUACAAACCGGUGAAAGAGCUCUCCAGUAACGAAUCUCAAGCCACGGAGGUACCGCACGUGACUGCCAAUGCUCAAACGCCUGUUCUCGCGCCAGCCCCUCAACGCCCUCCACUGGUACAAGUGGGACCGUCUCAUUUGCCCGGCUUCCACCCCUCGCGAAUGUCUUCUUCGGAUGGACUGAGCUCCGUCAUGACGAGCACUACCGUCCGCAGCCCUGCUGUACCGCCUAUUGAAGAGCAUCAACGCUCAACUAUCAGGCCAUCAAGCACUCUGGCGCAUGCUGCUCCUUCUCAGGUCCCGCGGAAACUUCUUAGUCGCGAAUACUGGAUGAGGGACGAAAAUGCGAAAGAUUGCUUCAACUGCGGUGACGCAUUCUCCACCUUCAGACGCAAGCAUCAUUGUCGCACCUGUGGACAAAUAUUCGAUUCCAAGUGCACCGUCAUCGUAUCUGGCAAGAUGUUCGGCCAGACAAUGAACGUGAGAGUAUGCAAGCCCUGCGAGGAUAUAAUUCAAGGGAAUGGUGACGAUUCUUCCGAGUACACCGACGACGGAGACCAAGCUUCUCUCUAUGAACACGACGAUGAUGGACUGGACGCAGACCAGUUUGAUCCGUCAGAAAGUGACCACACCAAGAUUGGAACUCCAACUAUUAGCAUUCCCAUGUCAAGAAAGGUGGGUAGUGAAAAGAAACGUCGGUCUGCAGUGAUCGAAGUCGCGCCGCAGCUUCCCAGACCGAGCUCUUCUCGAUCUCUGCGUUCAUUGAGUGGCCGACCACGUUCGUCUAGUCACAAACGCCAUCAUCAACAUAUGCGCAAUGUUAGGCAUGAUGAAAGGGCACCCUUCCACCAAUACCAUACAGAUCUUACCCGAAGUCGAUCAGCACUUCCCGCCUUUCACCAUGAUAAUAUCAUCGAUCCGGAUCUUGCUCCUUUCAUGUCAGACGAGGGUUCCAGUGAUGAAGAGCCGGCCAGUAUCUUUGCGACUCUGCGGGCCGACUCACCAUCACACGCUACUAUGGACAACGAGAAAGGAGGGCUGGGUGGACUACUAGCUGCUAUGCGAAAGGGCAAAGGUAGAGCCGAUAGGAACACUUUCGGCGGUGCGCACGCACGAGACCCGGAUACGGUGAGUAUUACAAGCCGUCAGUUCAACAGGCACUCCAAGCGGAGGAAUCUCAGCGUUAGCAGUAUCACACAUAGACCUUCACCUCGAAGGUCAAAGAGUAACAGCCUAUUAAAACCCUUCGGCGCUGGCUUUGGCGGAACAUCCCCGAGCCCCCAGCCGGUCAUACUACAACCUCCUCCCGCGCCGCCAUCUGCCUCAAAAAUCACUCGUAGCGCUUCUAUGCAAGGUGGAAAUGCUCCGCAAAUCGAACUCAAUCAAGCAAGUUUGGAACACGUCCGCAGACUGUUGAAGCAAAUGUUGCAGGACGCCAGCAUAUCGCAUACCUCGAGUUGGGAGAGAGCCCUUGUUCCAAUACUCUUGCAGUGCACAGACGACGUCAAUCCAGAUCUCCAUAGAGGUGAUGAUAUCGACAUUCGACAUUACAUCAAAUUGAAGAAGAUUCCGGGGGGGAAACCCCGUGACACAUCUUACGUCUCCGGCGUCAUCUUCUCGAAGAACGUUGCUCUCAAGAGCAUGCCUCGCAAUGUCGCCCAUCCAAAGAUUCUCAUCAUCACAUUCUCCGUUGAGUAUGCGAGACACCAGACACAUUUCAUGAGUCUAGACCCGGUCAUUGCUCAAGAAAGAGAAUACCUCAAGAACAUUGUCGAUCGGAUCGUGGCUCUCAGGCCCCAUGUGCUGCUUGUUCAACGCAACGUCUCUGGACUCGCUCUAGAAUUCCUGGAAAAGGCAGGCAUUUCCGUCGCCUACAAUGUGAAAGAAACGGUCUUGAACGCGGUCGCCCGGUGCACCCAGUCCAAGCCCGUGUCUUCUGUCGAUCAGCUGGCGGAUCCGUCACGCCUUGGACGUUGCGGAAGUUUUGACGUCAAGACAUACGUUCACAAGGGUGUCAAACGGAACUACAUCUUUCUGUCCGGUUGUCAACCGGAUCUUGGAUGCACGAUAGCUCUUCGAGGAGAUGAAGCGAAAAGCUUAGCCAAGCUGAAGCGCAUCACGGAGUUCAUGUGCUAUGUGGUGUACAACCUCAAGCUUGAGACCUGUCUGAUGCGGGAUGAGUUCGUUUUGAUUCCUGUCACCUCGGACAGUGGAACAAUAGCUUCCAAAAAAGAUUUAUCGGCCUCACAUAACAUCGAUGGCGCCUCGAUCCAAAAUCCUUCCAUCGCAGGCGAUGAUACCCAAACGACCGCACUCAACUUAGAGGUCCCACAAGAUGCCCCAGCGCCAUCAUUCUAUAGCGAAAUGGUGGAAAACCAUCGUACCAAGCUGUUAUCUGCAUCACCGUUUGUCAAAUUUAUGCAACCUUACUUGCUCAACCAAGCUCGCGAGUAUGAGAAGAAGCUUGGCUAUCUGAAGCAGUUGCGAGAUCAGUAUGCCAAUCCUGAGACGGAUACUGAAGGCAUGCCCCAAAAGUUCAAGUUAGUCCAGCCGGAAAUGGUGCAUGGUGUAGUCGAUCAAGCGUCGAAGCAAGUACGCGAGUUCCUGCACGCGGUACACGCAUCUGAGUACGAAAAAGCACUGCAUAAUUACAAGACCCAGAAACGGCAGUGGGAGGCUUACCUAGCGACCAACGUCGAACUGUUCGACCCCUUCAAUCAUCAGAAGAUUGCAGUCCUCUACAGCGUAGUCAACACAGCCUUUUCGACGCCAUGCAUCGGACCAGAUAUCAUCGCCCUGAAUUUCUAUCAAGAGCACGAUUUUGAUGAUGGCUUCACUCCGGAUUGCACAUUAGGCCAAUAUGUCGAAGACCUCUGUCACGGAGUGAACUCUCUCUGCGAGGUGGAUGGAUGUAACCGUAGAAUGGUGGAUCAUUCGCGACAAUACGUGCAUGGGGAGGGACAAAUGAGUGUCAUUGUCCAGAAAUAUGCCUCCAAGAUCAAGGGUUUGCAGAACACAAUCCUGAUGUGGAGCUGUUGCAGAAUAUGUGGUCAGGAGACUCAAGUGAUCCCGAUGUCGGACAGCACGUGGAAAUAUUCGUUCGCGAAGUAUCUCGAACUAACCUUCUGGAGCAGCCAAUUGCACCCGCGCGCCGGCCUAUGCCCUCAUGAUAUCCACAAAGAUCACGUUCGGUACUUCGGAUUCAACAACGCGGCACUACGUGUUCAGUUUGACCCGGUCUCCCUGUACGAAGUCACUGUACCCCGCCCUAUCGUCACUUGGAAAGUCGACAGUGAUCUCCGACUGAAGAAUGAUCAAUUCUUGAAGAUCGAGGAACGACUCGACAAGUUCAUGGUGUCUGUGCGCGCUCGCAUCAAGGGAAUCCACGUUGAAAGUGUCAUCCCCGAGAAGGUCGAGCUCUGUAAGACAGAGGUUGACAGACUCAUGAAGCGUGCCAACGACGAGCACGAUUGGCUGAAAGCAAAGCUCCAAGACAAAUACUUGAACUCAAAAUACUACGAAAUCAUUCCUAUGAAUCGAGCCAUACGUGCAAUCCAAGAGAAGGCGAUUGCAUGGGAUGAGACGUUUACUGAGUUCGAGCAGCAGUAUUUCCCAUCAGAAAAAGACAUCAGGCGACUGGCCACACUUCAGCUGAAGAAGCUUUUUCUGGAGCGCGACGAGUCUACAAGCUCGUUGACUUCCGUAGAGGAAGGGUCAGAAAUCGCCGAGGAACCAGCACUCAACGAGAAAGGAGAGUCGCUCGCACUACCACCCAUGCCUUCGAGCAUGUCACCCGAGCGUGCACGAGAUAUGCUUAAUUCGGUCGUGGAAGAAGAUCAUUCGCAGAGCACUGCGCCAACUGAUGGUGAAUCAAGGAAGAUACUGGAAUCCACAUCAGCACCAGGAGAAGCGAAGCCGGACCAACUUCUGCCUGUUCAAACAUCAUAUGACGCACUAGAGCGAGACGACGUGAGGCAUCUUGAUCUAGCUGUGUCUUCAAGAUUCUCGGAGCCCCCUGUGCCCACAGACGAGGAGCUCCUCAAAACCCCGACGAUGUCGCCUGAGCAAGAUCCUACCGGGCCUGGAUCGCCUACACCUACCGCGCUGCGAGUGGAUCCAAUCGACAAGGUGGUGGCCGAUGCUAUCGACAACAUGCCCACAUCUCCCACACCUUCGUAUCCUGCGGGUGGCCUCUUAGAGAGCAAGAUACCUCGUCUGGUAGACACCAUCCGUCGCGAAACAAGCUCUCACACAAGACCUGCGACUCUAACUCGAACCCAGUCGCAACCAGGCGGCAUCCCGAAGAGUCCUAGUCCACCGCACAUUGCGGCAGCUAGCAAACCUUCGGAGCCCACCAAAAGGAUAGGCGGUGAUGCUGCAAGAGCGAUGGAUAGAAUAACUGAUAGACUUUCUCUUGGCACAUUCAAGCAGGGCAAGUCCUCUUCGAAGAUACCUCGAUCCAUACCCAUCUUCAGAAGUCAGGGGGACUCAUCUAAGGUAUCCAAGCUUGCGGAGCAUUUCGAGCAACUUUCACGGGAAUUUCAGAGGGAGCGAAUGCGUGAGCGGCGCAAUGAACGCAGUCGGCAAGUGCGGGCUUACCCAUUAGCGUCGUCGAAGCCGAUUGUGGAAGUGUACAUGGACGUCCAUGAAGCUGUGCAGGAACACAACCCGUCGGACGAAGAGGCUGCUUCACCAGCACGCAUCAGCAUCGACAGUACACUCGAAGACAGUACCUUGACUGAAACAACUGGCGCAACACCUGCUUCUGAGUCUCCAAGGGUAGAACGGGAUCCUCAGGAGUCCCAUGCGCAUCCCAGUACUGGAAGCCAACCAGUGACACCCAGCCAUCCUCCUUCGGACUUCGAGAAUGAACUGAGUGACGUUGAGAUAGCACCCGAGGAUAUACCUUUACCGGAUUCGGAUCUUCUUUCCAUGACGGAAUCGCAGCUGGAAAAUUCUCUAGAAUUACCGAAGCACGAAAAGACAACUCUGAUGAAGAUGCUUACCAGCUUUUGGUCUGAACGGUCGGCAAGUGGUUGGACGCCUCUGGACUACCCUUUUGCCCAGAUAGAGCACGUUUGGGAAGAUUCUGAUAUUAUUGUCCGAGAGGAUGAGCCAAGUUCGAUCAUCGCGCUUGCGCUCUCUGCACCUCACUACUUGACUCAACUUCAAUCCUUCCGUGGCGACCGCGUCGCGUCUGAGAAAGGAGGCAACGGGUUAGAAAAUUCAGAGGCCUCGAUCGAACGCAACUUGUUGCAUGAAGCGAAUAGCAACAUCAGAUAUGGCUUCAACAACCGCGGGGUUAAAGCACAGUGUAAGAUAUUCUAUGCGCAAUCCUUCGACGCUCUUCGCCGCAAGUGCGGUGUUGCGGAUCGCUUUGUAGAAUCGCUUUCUCGAUGCUCCAAGUGGGACUCUAAGGGUGGAAAGUCGAAGUCAAUCUUCCUCAAAACGCUGGACGAUCGUUUCGUGCUCAAAAGCCUGUCGCCUAUCGAGGUCCAGGCCUUCUUUCGAUUUGCGCCAAACUACUUCGCGUUUACGCACCAAAACCUCUUCAAAGGUCUGCCGUCAGUGAUCGCAAAGAUGUUUGGUCUGUUCCAGGUUCAGAUCAAGACACCUACUGGGCGUGAUUUCGACUGGUACAUGCUCGUUAUGGAAAACUUAUUCUAUGAUCGGGAGCCGAAUCGGCGAUACGAUCUCAAGGGUAGUAUGCGGAAUCGCAAGAUCGAAUCGACUGGUGAACGCGACGAGGUUCUGCUCGAUGAAAACCUCGUCGACAUCAUUUACAGCGAGACGCCCAUCUUUGUCCGUGAACAUACAAAGAAGCUGCUCAAGGCGAGCGUCUGGAACGAUACCCUUUUCCUGUCCCAGAACAACGUUAUGGACUACAGUCUUAUGGCCGGUUUCGACGAUGCAAACCAUGAGAUCAUCGUCGGUAUCAUUGACUGCAUUCGCACUUAUACGUGGGACAAGAAGCUCGAGUCGUGGAUCAAAGAUCGUGGCAAGAACAAGCCCACAAUCACAUCGCCCAGAGACUACCGCAACCGCUUCCGUAGUGCCAUGGACAAGUACAUCUUGCAAGCGCCCAAUUGCUGGCAUCAAUUCUCAGGGCGAGUGGUUGGAGGGGCUCUCCUAGGUACUCGUAAGACGAUUAUGCUGGAGCCAGGCCCAGCCAGUGCUUCCGCGCAAAUAAUGGAGGUAGAGGGCGGCGAGCAGGAGAAAGCGGAGGCUGCGACGCGUAUUUGAGGUGGUAGAAGUGGCAUAGCAUAGCGAUGGUGUUGGGUUUUUGCUCUAUUCAGACGUGCCUUUGGGAUAUCCAUUGGAUUAGCAUCUUGGGGGUCUUUUUCUGUCUCGUUUGAUAUAUGCACACAUGCAACAAAUACAACAUCUUGCAGC